AUGGAAAGGGCGGUUACUAGCUUUUUGCAAGCCUUGCAGACCAACAUCAACAAUGGGAUGCCAGAAUGGCGAGAAGAGCUAGUUAUCAUAAAACAGUUCCAGGAUUUGAAACCCACCACAUUUAUUGGCAGUCCAGACCCAAUGGUAGCGGACGCUUGGGUUAAAGACAUGGAAAAGAUUUUUCACGCUUUACCCUGCACCGAAAGAGAGAAAGUAACUUUCGCCACUUUUACUUUCAAAGACAAUGCACAGGAAUGGUGGCUUCUCACCCUAGAGAAAGAAGAAAUUGUGACUUGGGCAAAAUUCUUAGAAAUAUUUUAUGCAAAAUACUUUCCAGAUUUGUUGUGGGAACAAAAGGCAUCAAAAUUCAUACAUCUAAAGCAAGAAACCAUGACGGUAACCGAAUACGAGAGCAAAUUCACACAAUUCGCUCAAUUUGCGACCUAUGUCAUCCCCACCAAAGCUCGAAAAGUAAGGAAAUUUGAAGCAGGAUUGGAUGCUGAAAUCAAAGAUAGCCUUGAGAUUUUGAAACUACCAACCUAUACAGAAGUGGUAGACCGAGCAUACAUUACAGAAAAAGAAAUUAAAGCCUCCCGUUCCUUGGAGCCAAGCCAAAAGAAGCGAUUUUGGAAAAGAGACAACAGAAGAUCCAGUGUUGCGCCUCCCAAGAGGGUGAAUACUAGCACAACCAGCUCAGGUAAUCCAGGUUCUACUAACCCUAGAGAUGGCACCAUUCCAACUUGCCCUACUUGUGGAAGGACUCAUUGGGGAUAA